UGGCUCAUGCACGGUCAGUGGCAUGGUGCCAGAAGGGUUCAGAUGUGUUUGUCCGAUAAAGUACAGCGGUCUCAGGUGUGACCAGCUACUCACUGAAGAAGAACAACAGGCCAUUCUCUAUCCUUCACCCUCACAAAGCCCUCUCCCAGCCAGUCCCUCGCCAUCACCCACUUCCCAAGCUUCACAUACACCUGCUUCUGCAGCACCUUCCCCUUCAACUGUUCCAUCCCAAUCUCGUUCACCUUUACCAUCAAAUACUCGCACGGCAGCCCCUACUCCCGCACCAUCGAAGACUAGGUCUCCUAGCAACACACCUUCCAAUACACCCACACGGUCACCAUCGGCUUUUGCGAGCGUUACGCCGUCACGGUCCGUAUCAGCAGUGCCCACCACUUCUCCGACUAUCAGUGUGAGUCCCUCGCGACCCGGGCCGGUAUUGGGCGAGAAUGUUAAGAUCGGAAAGAAUGUGAAGUUCGGUGCAGGGGUAAAAGUGGGUAGUAAUGUAGAAUUCAAAGAUAAUGCAGAAGUGGGAGAUUAUGUGCGGGUUGCUAUGGAGCUGAUUGAUGAGGGCGAGGCUAUGGGGUUGGAUCUUGCCGACCUGAAUGACAGUAGAAUGGAAAUGUCUACGCGAAGGCGGCAAGCCGCAGGCGACGAUCGUCGCUUGUCGGCACCCACCGAAGUUGGCGAGGGCACAAAAGUGCAAGCAUCUUCUGUGGUCGCUAUUGGAGUCAUAUUGGGCAAAGAUGUGGCGAUUGGAGCGAAUACUAUCAUAGGAUCGCUUGCUCAACUGCACGAUGGUGUCGACAUAGGGGACGAGAGUGUAAUCGGUUACAACUGUACGUUAAAACCAGACGCUUCGGUCGGUGACGGUGUUGCAUUGGGUGCGCGUGCACGUCUGGAAUCGGGAUCGAGUAUCGGGGAUAAUAGCAACGUAGGAUCAGGCUUCAAUUUGGGGGUUGGGUCUACGGUCGGUGAGAAUGCAACAAUCGGCAUAGACAACACAUUGGGAGAUAAUGUCGAAAUCGGAAGUUCCGUUAAAUUUGGGCCAAAUUCAAGAGUUGCCAGUGGUGCAGUGGUUGAGAGUCAAGUCACCCUUGCUGAGAAUUCGUUUGUAGACUCUGGGGUGGUAGUACCGUUUGGAAACAUCGGUGGUCCUGGACAGAAGUAUACCGUGAAAAAAGAAAUAUCAGCCGGUAUAAUUGCAGGUAUUGUAGUAUGUGCCCUGGCCUUGGCCCUGUCGGUGUAUCUAGCGGUGCGGCUACGCAAACAACACAACCAGAAGAAACACUACGAUCGGUGGAUGGGCAAAGGCAAAAAUCCGUACUUUUCCGAAUCCGUGUUUGAGAACUACACCGCGCAAGAUAACACACUGCGGAAAAUUCGCGCAGCCAAUUCUAAGUACGUACCGUUAGAAAAUCUCUUUAAGGAGUCCAUUAUCGGCAGCGGAAAGUUUGGAAACGUCCAUAGAGGCGUACUCAAACAUCAGGGGGCGCUCAUCCCUGUUGCAAUCAAGGAACUGCGCAUAUUAGAAGAAAACAGUGAGGAAGAGGUACUGCGAGAAGUGGACUUGAUGAACCGACUUGAUCACCCCCACGUAGCGUACGUGUUAGGUAUGUACAGGCUUGAUCAAUUUUUAAGUGGAACUCGUAAAGUACCGAGUAUGCCAAUGUCUGUAUGCAGCUAG